UGCUUUUGAGUAAAGCGAAGGCAACCGUGUCCGUCGGCGCGAUACCUUUGCAUUUCGAGUCAGGCGGCUCCCAGCCUCUAUAUAAUCCGGGUUAGACCCCUGUGUCCGUGGGUAAUUACCAGAGAAGAGAUAUCUGUGCUGUUUGAGUCGCGGAGGGAGAAGGGAAGGAGGAGAAGAGAGAAAGCCUCGACAUAGAUUGAGAGUUUCAUUUCACGAUUGAGUGUUUACACGUCGGCGCGGGGAGAUCAAACCUCAGUGUUGGUUUCUUUCUGUAAGGGAGAGACACAGUUCACUCGGCGUGAGGGAGCCGGUUGCGGAGUGGGAGAGAAAAGGGGACCCGUUUCUCUGAGCUCUUUCCUUGGCUGAGUCACCGGCACUCAAAACAAUUUAAAAAAUAAAUGCGAAAGAGCUGCGGUCUCUUCUCGCACCGGGUUGUUUGUUUGUUUUUUUGUGGGAGGGGGAGGACACGGUUGCAUUCCCAUAUCGACAGAUUUUUUUUUUUUUUUGACUGAAAACAGCCAUGGAAAAAGUUGAAUACAUUGAAGAAAAUGAAAACGGAGCAGCUGUAAUAGACGUUAUGAAGACUUCUGAAAGAAGUUGCCCUUACAGAUACACCAAGGAGGAACUGCUGGAAAUAAAGGAAUCCCCCUGGUCCAAUCAAAGACAUGAAUGCCUUUCAGAGAAGUAUGACAGUGAUGGCAUCUGGGACCCCGAGAAGUGGCACGCAUCCCUUUACCCUGCUUCUGAAAGAAGCUCUCCAGUGGACGGGUUUAAAAAUUAUACGGAUGACAGAGCACCCCUGAAACGCAGGAUUGCAGACCCCCGGGAGCGUGUGAAGGAGGACGACCUGGACGUGGUCCUCAGCCCGCAGAGACGCAGUUUCGGGGGAGGCUGCCAGGUGAACGUGGUGCCAAGCGCGACGGCGCGCAGAGAGGUCAGCCCGCUGGAGAACAAGGAGAAUGAGAACCUGCGACUGGGCGGCGGCCGGAGGAUCGGCAGCGGCAGGAUCAUCGCGUCUCGGGUGUUCGAGAGAGACCCGCGGGGCGAGAAGGAACUGCGGGAGAGAGAGCCACACCCGAGGGAGAGAGAGCCACACCCGAGGGAGAGGGAGCGAGAGAGGGAUUACAAGGACAAGCGAUUCAGAAGGGAUUUUGGUGACAAGCGUGUUUUUGGCGAGAGGAGACGAAAUGACUCGUACACAGAGGAGGAGCCAGAAUGGUUCUCUGGGGGUCCCACCAGUCAGUCCGAAACCAUUGAGCUGACCGGCUUCGAUGACAAAGUACUAGAGGAGGACAAGAGGCGAUACAAGCGCUCGAGAAAGCGCUCGGAGUCAGUGCGAGAAGCUGUUGAGUGUAACGGAGGCUUGGCGGAGGAGCCGGAGGUGGAGGUCUCCCCUGACACUGCAGCCGAUCAGGAGGUCCCCCAGGGUGUGGUGUUGCCAGAGCCUUCAGCGCCAGGGGAGUUCGACUUUAAUGAGUUCUUCAACCUGGACAAGACUGUGCCGGGGCUCGCUUCAAUGAUUGAAGAUGUCCUGGGAGAGGGCACCGCCUCGGCCAGCCGGUUUAGCCAGUGGUUCUCCAGUAACGUCAGCCCGUCAGCCAGUCGGUCCAGCAGUCUCCGGUCCACCCCUCACGAGGAGCUGGAGCGUUUAGCAGGUCUAGAGCACAAGUUUCUGUCCCCCACGCAUGGCCUGGCAAACUACUUUGCUCCCAUCCAGUCUUUGGAAGACAAGAAGGACAAGGUGGAUAUCCUGGAGAUGCUGCAGAAGGCCAAGGUUGACCUGAAGCCGCUGUUGUCGAGCCUCACUGUCAACAAAGAGAAACUCAAGGAGAGCUCACAUUCAGGAGUGGUGCUCUCGUUGGAGGAGGUGGAGACCGGGCUGAAGGGUUUGAAAGUGGAGGCGGAGAGGAAGCGGGGCACGCCGUUCAUGGCAGAGCAGCUGGAGGAGGCGCUGACUGUGAAGAGAGACGGGGACAUGUCUGCCUUCAACAAACUGGUUAGCAGCAUGAAGGCAGGUGGCACGCUGCCGGCUGUGCCUAAAGGAAACCGAAACCUGGAUAGCCAGCUGAUUCACCCUUCAGAGGUACCUGUGCAAUCUGCACCGCAGAAGAACAUUCUGCAGGAGAUUCUGGGUCCCCAGGCUCCUCACAGGUCUGCUUCCCCUAACAUCCUGAGCAGUUUGCUGGGCAGUACAGACCCGCUUGCAGUUCUGCAAGGGCGUCGCGGUCCCUCCCCCCCACUGUUUCCACAGAGGGCUCCGUCUCCAGAUUACUUCCCUGGCCGAUUGCAACAAACAGCUGGUUUUGUCCCAGAUUCUCAUCAGCAGAUUCUAGGAGAGCACUUCCCUGGGCUCCACAGAUCAGUAAGCCCUGGUCCUCACCAGAUGAACCCCAUGGCUCUAGGACUGGACCAAGCCACACUGGAGGCACUGGCCUUCCAGCAAGAUCUAGCCCUGCAUGCACGCCAGCUGUACCAGCCAGGGUUUGGCAGUAUGCAAAUGGAGAAGGGCAGAGACACAUACAGGAAUAGGCAGCCGUGGGUUACCAGAUCCCCUGGUCCAGGAGGACACAGAGCCCAUGCUGGUUCUCCAGCGAACGCAGUCACUAGCAUGUUAUCCCCUUCUUUUACACCUACCUCUGUGAUCCGGAAGAUGUAUGAAACCAAGGAGAAGAGCAAAGAUGAGCCAGGGACUGUGAAACCUGGCGAUGGCAAAGAGGAAGGGACAACUAGAUCACAAGAAGACAACGGGGUCUCUCCGACCUCCUCCUCCUUGGACCAUGCAGAGCAAAAUGCUUCCUCUCCAACAGGAGCCAAACCCUCUGGCUUCCAGCGCUCCGCCUGCUCCACCCCGCUCUCCAACCAGAGCCGCUUCACUGAGGACCAGGACUACCGGCCCCGCUCUGCAGGCAGGAAGACCCCCACCAUGGUGUCUCCUGUGCCCAGCGCCCCCUUCCCGCGCCCUGUGUGUCAGCUACCCCUGGUCUCGCACGUGCCCCUGGUGCGCCCUGCGCCCCCACAGCUGCACCCCGGGGUCGUCCAGAGGCUGCUCGCUCAGGGCUUCUCUCCCCAGCAGCUCCCUCCCGCGUUGCUCCAAGCAGGAAUGUUUCCCCAAGGUGUGGACCUGUCCCAGUUACAGGGGCUCCCCCCUCCCCUGCUGGGACAGCCCUUCUACCCCUUGGCUGCAGGCGGACACCCCCUGCUCGGCUCCCGCCCUGGGGCUCCCCUGCACCUGGCAGUGAUGCAGCAGCAGCUUCAGCAGAGACCAGUGGUGGUCCAGUCUGGUCCUGUCUCUCCAGUUACCAGUUUAGCACAGUCUCUCCAGCACAGCGCUGCAGCCAGGCACGCUCCCCCCCAGCAUGUGCAGUACCAGGGCCACGCCCCCCAGCACGUGCAGUACCAGGGCCAGCGCAACGGCUCCCCCGUCGGCCUGGCCAAGUGGUUUGGAACAGAUGUGCUGCAGCAGCCCCUGCCUUCCAUGCCAGCCAAGGUCAUCAGCGUAGACGAACUAGAAUACCGACAAUAAGAAUAUGUCCGGAAACGAAGCACCUAACCAUUGGACUCUUGGUGAGAGAACAUUUCAUUCUUCAAGGAUGGAAGGAUGUGUAUUUAUUGACACUUGUUCUGUGAUGCUUUUUUUUUUAUUAUUAUGUUAUGAACAAGCUUUAUAGAAUGAUAGCCUUUUGUGUGGGGAGCACUCAAGUCUGCUCAGGCUUUGUCUUAAACCAAGAGAUGCUGUCAGCAAAAUGAUGAGAAAGACCUAGAGAUGGUCUGUAGAGAUGCAAGGGACUUUUUAUUUUUUAUUUAGUUAUGAAACUAUAUAAUGUCCUAGUUGUGUGUGGUUUUUUUUUUUUUUUUUUGCAGUUUACAAUGAAGAAACUGUAUAGGCCCAAAGUGUACAGACAUGUAUAAACGGAUCUUUUUUCAUAGUGUACAUAAAACAUCUAUCACAGUGUGGGGUUGUUGUUUUUGAGAAGGUCAUUCUGCUGUAUAUAAGAGUAGUUGGUGCAGCUUUGAGAGAGCUGAAACCGGGUACAGUCCAGUGAGAUUGGAGACUAAUGUGUCUGUCCAGUCCGUUGGAGGGUUUAUGGUAUUGUAAUGCAGCCAGGAAGUGUACUGGUUAAACUCGACAGUGGAUUUUGUAUAUAAUUAACUGCCAUUUUUGUUUUUUGGAUAACUUUUUUUUUUUUUAUUAUUAUUUUGGGGGGGGGGGGGGGGUAGUAUAUAGCAACAAAGGCAUUUAUAUAUAAUUUUCUUCCUUUAACAUUGAGUUCUCAAGGAAUAAAAUAAGAAAUAACUGAAUAAUUUGACAGACCUGUGUCGGUUCGAUCAGGUGUUUUUCUAGUUUUCACAGGACAAAUUUUACCCAGCAUACACCCAUCGGAAGUCUUCCCGAAUAAUGAGCAGAUGUUGAAGGCUGUAAACAUAUGGGGGGAGAAAUUAAAAUACAAUACAUUUAGAAAAUGCUAAAAAGCUUUGAUCCAUUUGGAAUUGAACCCUUAAACUCAUCAAUGGGGGUGUGCUUGUUCCAGAAGUGCGUGUGUUUGAAUUUGAUGUGUUUUUUUUUUUUUUUGGUUUGCUUGAUAGUGAAUGGUAGUUUUGUUGUUAUCUUUUGUGGUAGUGCCUUCUCUGUGGCUGAGGCAUUUUGAUCUCUCCAGAUUUCAUUUUUGUUUGUUUUAUUUUUUUGCCCCUUCCAUUAUGGUGAGAAAACACUGCUUUAUUGUAAGAAAAAAAAAACUAAAAAAAAAACCUAGCAACAUUUUUGGGGGAAUUGUUGAAAAAUAUGUGCUAUUGAAUGAAAAGCACAAUUAUUAAACAAAUGGAAACAAUAAAUAAAAUGCACUCAAACUUGUGUUUCAGUUUUAUUUCCUUCUUGCAAGUGUUCUGCAUCGCUUAUGUCUUGAUCGGCAAAAAAAAUAAACUUCAUUCUGAAAUCCCUU